AAUUAUGGAUUAAAUUCAAUGCUCAAAUAUUAUUGUAGUUAAAUGACUCCACGUCGAAUCUUCAACCUGGCUUUCAAAUAAUCACAGGGCAAUGGAUAGCGCGGACAUUCAUCCUGCGUGGAAUGCAUCAGAAGAAAGCUCUAAAACAGAGAACGAUUUCUUGGACGUGGAUGACAGGUCUGCAGCAGAAGAUCUACGAGAAGAAUAAUGAUCUACUUUGAUUAAGCUCGAGGAGUCCAUGUGAAUCUCGUCUCACGUGCCCGGAUACAAACGUCACAUUAACUUAAUUUUUCGUAACGUUAGAUUCAGGUGAACAAGAGUUUCAUUAGGGAGACAAAGAACGUGUAAUGAAGGGCACAGGUGGUUAUGUAUGAUUGCCGAUACACUGUUAAAACAAAUAAAGACGAUGAAAGAUUGUUAUCUAACUUAUGAACAGUCGUCGGAUACAUGUCCUCAUGCAAGUUGGUUCGGCGUAGACGGGAAGCUGAUUUUUAGGAUCACUCGAUAGUUUGGUGCCAUCACCUCUGGAACUGACUUGUUUGAAAACUGCGGACAGAACACAAACCUCAUUUAAUCGACACUAAUGUACGAGUUUACAGACUUCGAAAGAUUUCGGAUGGAAGGUUAAUUGGGUUCUACUCCGUGUUAUGUACCUCAGCUUAUAUUUACAGCGAUGAGAUUUGAUUGUUUACGUCAGGCAUCGAUCAUCUUCGUUAAACAAUCUUGAUCGGGUUCGAACCGAGGAUUUGUCGGCUCAUUAGAAAUGACAGAGAUCUAAUCACUCACAUAUGAACAUAGAUUUUUGUUGGAUUCUAAGAUGAUGGCGUCAAUACUAAUAAAAUGGUGCUUAUAAAGUGCUUUCCAUCGAAGUCUUUAAACGCUAUGAUUACAUGAUUUAGAUAAAAACCGUGAGAACUUAUGGAUUGAUUUCAAAGCUCAAAUAUUAUUGUAGUUGAGUGACUCCAAGUCGAAUCUUGAACCUGGCUUUCAAAUAAUCAAAGGGAAAUGGAGAGCGCGGACAUUCAUCCUGCGUGGAAUGCAUCAGAAGAAAGCUCUAAAACAGAGAACGAUUUCUUGGACGUGGAUGACAGAUCUGCAACAGAGGUGAUACUGUCAAUAUUUACAAUGGGCUUAAUCAUAGUUCUUAGCAUAUCUGGGAACAUUUUUGUGUUGGCGGCAAUUGUUCGGGAACGCGUUCUUCAUAGCAAGACUUCUAUCUUCAUUGCAAGCUUAGCCAUUGCAGAUCUAAUUAACGCCAGUCUGAACAUGCCUACUAUAUUAGUAAGUUGUAUAUAUGACAAGUGGAUAUUUGGUGAAAUUAUUUGUGCCGCUAUCGGUGUUUCGGUCGUUACAGCAUGCACGGCAAGUAUCAACACAUUGGGAGCAAUAGCAAUUGAUCGUUAUUUCGCCAUCGUGUACCCAUUUAAAUAUUCGGAGCGCAUGUCGGCCUGUCGCGUUGCCGCCAUUUUGGUCUGGAUUUGGACACAGUCUGUAUUAUUCGGUCUCAUGCCUGCGUUCGGUGUGUCGGAGUUCGUUUACAUUGAAUCGGAAUAUCUCUGCUCCGCUGACUGGUCUACCCAUUUGUCCUAUACGAUCAUCAUCGUCCUGGUGAACAUGGGAGCCCCAAUAAUACUGAUGACCUACUCCUACAGACACAUAUUUCGGAUUGCGUCCGCGCAUCGCAAGCAGAUGAGGACACGGCAUAAUUUAAACGAGUCUGGCGCGGAUGUCCCAACGGGCAGGAAUCGCACAACCGUCAUAGCUUUCACAAAGAGAGCAAAACAAUUGCGACAGGACACCAAAGCUGCUACAACUCUCUUGAUAGUCAUGGGUACGUUUCUAAUCUGUUGGCUACCACAUACGAUCACGAUGCUAUGCUUCGCCUUCCCAUCCUGCACCGCUAUUCCUGAGGGCUUCUACGUCGUGUCCACCUGGUUUGCCAUGUUAAAUUCUGCCUGCAAUCCUUUUAUUUACUGCAUAACGAACAAACAGUUUCGACAGGCUUUCAAACGUACCUUCGCUCAAAUGUUGCCGGCAUCUUGGAAGAGGAGAAUGGAUCGACGCGUAAACCCAGAUCCGACAUUAGGGACAACAGCGACAGUUAAAGCUCCGAAUUCAAACAUCUCUAUUUAUUCACAUGAUCUUAGUCACACGGAUGACAAUAUUCAUUCUCAUACACCAACAAUUAUUGCAGACUGUUUAUAGACCAAUUUACAAAUGAUUAGUCAGAAUGGGCAGAUAACGGUCGCUUGAGAGUAAGUUUGGCAGUUGAACAGGAUUGUAUUACUCGGGUCAUUCAAAAUGAUAUUUAGAAAACAGAUCGUUAUGUUCUGCUAAAACAAAUGACAACCGUGUGAUUUGAACUUAAAGAAGGAAAUAGUAUUGUCCAUUGAUACAACUAUGAAAUUCUUAUGCAAGUUGCACAAGAGGUGUCAUUCUGAUUGCGUUAUCAUACUUGCGAUAGUCGAGCCUUUGAACAAAUUCUGUAAACGAUUAAGGUGCCUGAUGGUGCUCUUCUUACUGCAGUAAACUAGCAUGAAUCGCCUCGAAGCUUAACUAUAAAAUUGAGUUCUGGUCAUUUUGCGUUGUAAAAUCAAUUGUGUGGAAUCGAAUUAAAAAGGAUGAUCAUUUUCAGUAGCAGAUAAGUAGUGGUGUAUACUGUGAAGUUUUGAUAAGAAGUUGGCCCAGUCUUACUAAAAGUCUUAAUCACAGUACACAGAAAUGUAUAUAUAGGACUACACAAACAUAUGGCAUGAAUUAAGUGUGGUCCACAACCUUUAGCUGUUACUUGUCAUAAUUUGAAUAUGAGGGCAUUUAAAGAGCCGUUAUUUUUCAGGGGACACCUUUUCGGAAUGACAAAAGCUUUCAAGUUAUGUUUUAAUAUUUCCAGAACUCAAUCUUCUUAUUUAAGGAUGAGAUAGU